AUGUCCGAGUCAAAUCCACUCCAUCCAACCCUAACCCUCCCUCCAAUAAUCCUCGGCGGCUCAGGCUUCAGCGACCAAUCCCACCCCAAUCCACAAACCCUCCCCGUUGCAACAAUCAUCCGUCGCGCCUUCGACGAAGGCAUCCUUGCUAUCGACACCUCCCCCUACUACCACCCCUCCGAGCACCUCCUCGGUACCGCCCUCUCCGACCCCCAGAUAACAACCCGCUACGCACGCAGCGACUACAUUCUCAUGACUAAAGUCGGGCGCCUCUCGACCAGCGCCUUUGACUAUUCCCCCACCUGGGUCCGCCAAUCAGUCCACAACUCCCUCGAGCGCCUACACACCACCUACCUAGACGUAGUCUUCUGCCACGACGUGGAAUUCGUCUCGGAGCACGAAGCCGUCGAAGCUGUCGGCGUGCUCUUCGACCUCCGCCGACAGGGCUAUAUCAAGUACGUGGGCAUCUCCGGCUAUCCACUCGAGACGCUAGUCUCUGUCGCGCAUGCCGUGCGACACGUAUAUGGCCAGCCAUUAGACGUCGUGCAGACCUGGGCUCAGUUGACAGUGCAGAACACUAAGCUGGAGCGGUAUGGCAUUCCGGCUCUUCGUGAGGCUGGCGUGUCGGUGGUUUGUAGUUCGAGUCCGCUUGCCUCCGGGUUGUUGCGUGCGGGAAAGGUGCCUUGUGGGAGACUGGGGGAUUGGCAUCCUGCGCCUGAGGGGCUGAGGAGCGCUGUGAGUAUCGCUUCGGGUUGGUUGGAGUGUCAGGGGUUCGGGUUAGCGGGGUUGGCGUUGCGGUUUUCGUUGGCGAAAGCUGUGCGGGCUGCCGAUAGAUACGCCGUCUCUGUCUCUACUGUCCUGGGGGUAUCGUCCUUGAAGGAUGUGGAAGAGGAUGUGGAGGUUGCGCGGGACAUUUUACGUGAUCUGGAUGCUGGGCCUUUGGAUAAAAGGAUGGAAGUGAUGGGCGGCCUGUCGCGUCUUCGAUGGGUGAAUGAAGAGGUUGAAUGUCGGGAUUUACGGCUGUGUUAUGGCGUGCGGAACAUCUUGGGGGAAUGGGCUGAGUAUGACUUGCAGAAAUUCGUGGAAGACAAAGACGAACCGCAAUACUAUGUGCAUGCCUUGAAUAAGUACAACACUGCAGUAGCAAUAGAGCUGAACCCAUGUUCAUGGGACUUGAAUAACUACCUUCCCAGAAUAAUGAAAAUUAUAUGGAUAUUUAUAUAUCUGCCUGGUCUGAUUGAAGUUAAAGGAAGAUUUAAUCUCAAGCUAGGAAAGCUAAACCUAGAUGAUAUAAUCUUCUAUCUAGACUAA